AUGCAGUUCAAAAACAUCCUCAAACCCAAUUACACUGACCAAAAUUGGCGGAAGCCUUUAGCCUAUUCUUCAAAUCCGGUUGAUCGAGAAAAUGUGCCGCUUCAAAACAUAGAGAGAUCACAGCUGCCGGUGGAGGCGGAUGGGGAGCCUAAAGAUGGCCAGGCCAAAGAAUUCGUUAUUCUCAAGAAGCGCCAGGCUGCGACAAACAUGGAACUGUUUUUUGAUCUUUUUUUUGUAGCCAAUCUUUCUAGCUUUGCUUCUGCCCACGAGAUAAACACUAACGACAGUCUUAGGUCAUACAUCGGCUACAUUACAAUUUUGUGGUUUUAUUGGCUCCAGACUGCAUUCUAUGAUAUUCGGUUUUAUCGAGAUUCUAUCUCCUCGCGAAUAUCGAAAGCGAUGCACCUAGGGAUCAUGACUGGCCUGGCAGUCUUGGCCCCCAAUUUCGACACUAAUGAACCUCUUAAUCACCCCCGUCGUUUCCGAAAUACGACUUUGAUUAUUAUGGGUUCCCGCAUUCUUCUUGCGGUGCAAUAUGGGUUCGUGGCGUGGUAUGUGAGGGGCUAUAAGAAGACUCUCGCCGCCAAACUCACCACAGUGGGAGUACUCUUUACUUCGGCUAUGAUUUAUUUGAUUUUGGCCUUUGCCGCCACAAAAGAGCAUGGUAGAUAUGCUUACCUCGCUUGGUAUAUCAUUCCAUUUUUUGAGGCCUUGUUCAUGGUCGUGAUCUCAAGCAGAUGGGAAUCACUGAGCUUCAAAGACACCCCAAUUGUAGAACGGUUUGGUGGCAUGACGCUCAUGGUUCUGGGAGAAGGUAUUGUUGGAAUGACUAAAACGGUCUCAAGCAUCACAAAGGGAACACAGUAUCCAACGGCCGUCUCAGUUGUUUUAAUCACUGGCUACCUUAUAAUUAACUACUUUAUUUUCAUGAUCUACUUCGACCAAGUCGACGAAAAACGCUUUGGAUUCAUUCGUCAGCAGAUCUGGGCUCUUUUACAUUACCCUUUUCAUAUCGCUAUCCUUAUAACAAACGAAGGGAGUCGCGCUUUUGUGCUUUUUGCUGUUGCUACUGAUUUUCUCGCUGAAGCACUUGACACGGCUAAGGGUGCCAUGCGGGCGGCUACUACAGGAGGCGAGCUAGCUGCAUCUCUCAGGGCCAUGGCUGCCACUUUGGCGGCCCGACUUCGUGGCAACAAACCGCCUCCAGAUUUCGAACCAAUCUUGAGGAAUAUUACAGCUCUUUCGAAAUCAUCAUCAGCAUCUGAGGGUGAGGCUGAAUUUCUUGUGGAUAAGUUCAUCUCCCAACUCGUCAUUUGGCUCACUUCUACCUUUGGAAUUGAAAUUGAGCCAGGCAAAUCAGCAACCACCAAUACGGAAGUGCAAAUUGACCGAAUCAGUGACAAAUUCUUGGUGACCUUUCGUUUCUAUUUUAUCUGCUCAGGACUUGUCCUCGUCUCCCUGGGCCUGCUACACUGGUUCUCUAAAUCGCACAAGAGCAGAGGGGAAUCCAUCUCCAUCAUCAUCACUACCGUGAUGGGUGUUAUCUUGUCCCUAAUCUCUCUUCUUGUUUUGACCGAUGAUCCCAACGAUUUAAGAAACCCCUUCAAUACUUACUCAACGAGCGGAUUCAUCGUCCCCACUGUUGUGAUUGCGUUUGGGCUUGUUGUUGCAAUCGACAACUUGAUAAUAUUGAUUUCCCAUAAGCGAAGAACAAAGUAUGCUGCUCAGGCAUACCGGCAAGUUUGA